AUGUUGGGUGUUGUCCCCUUCCUCAUCUUUUUCCACACAUGCCUAGCUGCGGUGCUGAUCCAGCUAUGUUCCUCGAGUAACUUGGGCACAAACUUUGCCCUGGACACGUACAUGUCGAAUGGGUGGUGCUCGGACCACUGCCGCUCUGCUGGGUAUGGUGCGGCCAUCACUCAGGGCUACAGCUGUUGGUGUUCCAACACGGUGCCUGCUGACACUGUCUCCCUAAGUUCGUGCAACAGCAAGUGUCCUGGCUAUGACGAGGUUUGUGGCGGCAAUGGCGUGUAUGGGUAUGUUAUCAUUGGCAGCGUGAGCACGCUGUCGUCGUCUCUGAGUAGAAGUUCCGCAGCACUGAGUCUGGGCCUGGGCCUGAGCUCGAGCGCAUCUUCUUCUCCAUCUACAAGUUCGAGUUCGAGCUCAAGCUCGAGUUCUUCGUCCUCUUCUUCUUCGUCUUCUUCGUCUUCGCUGUUGUCUCUGCUGCUGCAAGGGUCGUCUCUGAGCCUGGUAUCACUGCAAACUCUGGCUUCCACAUCUGGCCGUUCGAGCCAAGCUCCACAAACAACAUCUUCGCCUCUGGUAUCUACAGCGGUGUAUUCGACCACGAUCAUAUCUAUUCAAACGGUGGAUGGAUCGUCCUCUGCCAUAGUAUCGACGAGGUACAUCACACAAUUGGCUACCCCUACCCCUACUGCGACUGCGGCCGCAUCGUCGCAAAAAUCGUCUUUCUUCGACUCUACCGCGAAAGUAGCCGGUACCUUUACAGCUGUUGGUGUGGUGGCCUUGGCUUUCAUUGGCACUUUGCUCUACUGCUGCUGCUUUGCAGGAGGACGUCACAACGAUGACUACUCAGACGAAGAAGCCCAAUACUCUUCGGAUGAGUCGUAUGUGGCUCCUGAAAAGCGUCCUCCCCCACGCGGGUCUGCUGAUCACUCUAAAACUUCUCUGGUAGCGUCUAACACAAAUAUCAAACGUAACAGCUCGUCAAAGUCAGUGCUUUCGCUACUCAACGCAAUGACUGCUGGUGCAGGCGGGGCCGGCUCCGCCAGUGUUAGCCGAAGCUUGUCUAAGAAGAAACUUAAUCCUAGAGUUGAUCCCCAGGACACGGGAGGACCCAUAAUGUUCCCCAUUUCGGAAUUCGAUAAUGUUUUGGACCCCAGCAAAAUUUUCACCAACCCAAACCACUCGCGGCCUUCAUUUGCUGACGAGAACGACUACUCAAGAAGAAUACUUCAUGUGGCGAACCCAUGA